AUGAUCCAGGCUUUCGGCUGUCAGUUGAUCACCGACACUCACACGCCCUUCAUACUUAAGGUGUGGGUGUCUUCAACUUCAUUACAAUCUUUCAAACACAAGAGGACCUCUCGUCACAGCUGGCUGUACCUUGCAAUGGGUCUCUCCACGGUCUUUACGGCCGCCGUCCUGGCCAUGCGCCUCUUCUCGGCGGACGUUCUCGCGGCUCCCGCCCCUGCUCCUGUUCCCCAGGCCGCCACUCCUGACGCCGCCGCCGGCUUUUGGGUCGGCUCGAUUGAGCGCCGAGGUGUCUCUGCUUUCGGAGACCCGAACUAUAAGAUCUUUCGUAACGUCAAGGACUUUGGUGCCAAGGGCGAUGGCUCCAGCGACGACACUGUGGCUAUCCAGGCUGCGAUGGAUGAGGGAAACCGCUGCGGCUUUGGCUGUGACUCCCAGACUACUACUCCUGCUCUUGUCUACUUCCCUGCCGGUACCUACGUUGUCAGCAAGCCCAUCGUGAUGAAGUACUACACCCACAUGGUUGGAGAUGCCACCCAGCUCCCUACCAUCAAGGCCGCUGCGAGCUUCACUGGUAUGGCCGUGAUUGAUGCGGAUCCGUACGACAACCAAGGCAACAACGCCCACACCAACCAAAACAACUUCUGGAAGCUUGUACGCAACUUCAACAUUGACCUGACUGGCAUGCCCUUCAGCUCUGGUGCUGGCAUUCACUGGCAGGUUGCCCAGGCCACAAGUCUCCAGAACAUCGUCUUCAACAUGCGUACCGAUGGUGGCGACGCCAACGUCCAGCAGGGUAUUUUCAUCGACAACGGCUCCGGAGGUUUCAUGACCGACCUGACCUUCAACGGAGGCAAAUACGGUGCCUUCAUGGGCUCGCAGCAGUUCACUACCCGCAACAUGACAUUCAACAACUGCAAGACGGCCGUUUACAUGAACUGGAACUGGCUCUGGACCUUCCAGGACUUGAAGAUUAACAACUGCGGCGUUGGUAUCGAUAUGUCUAACGGCGGUGCUAGCGCGCAGACUGUUGGCUCCGUCCUGCUUCUCGAUAGUGUCAUCAGCAACACCCCCGUCGGCAUCCUGACUGCCUACAACCCCUCGUCCUCAUCUACCAACGGCAGCUUGAUCCUCGACAACGUCGACAUGUCUUCCAACGUCCCCGCCGCCGUCCAGAUCGUCGACACCAAGGCUACCGUUCUUCCUGGCAACCAGAAAAUUGGCUCUUUCAUCCAGGGCAAGACCUACACUGGCACUGCCGGUCAGGGCAAGGCUGUCCAGGGAGCUCAGGAAGCCAUCGUCAAGCCUGCCGGUCUUCUCGCUUCUGAUGGCAAGGUUGUCACCCGCGCCAAGCCCCAGUAUGCCAACGUCCCAGCAAGCUCGUUCCUCAGCGCCAAGGCCAACGGCUGCAAGGGUGACGGCAAAAGUGACGAUACCGCUGCUAUCCAGGCCCUGUUCAACAAGGCCGGCCCCAACGACAUUGUCUACUUUGACCACGGUGCCUACAUCAUCUCGGACACUAUUGAGGUUCCCAAGGACAUCAAGAUCACCGGGGAGGUCUGGCCUCUGCUCAUGGCUAACGGUGCCGCCUUCAAGGACCAGGCCAACCCCAAGGUCAUGCUUCGCAUCGGUAAGGCUGGCGACGUUGGUACCUUUGAGAUGAGCGACAUGAUCGUCCAGACCCAGGGCCCCCAGGCUGGUGCCAUUCUCAUGGAGUACAACAUUGCCGGCUCGACCCCUGGUGCGGCCGGUCUCUGGGAUGUCCACUUCCGCAUCGGAGGCAGUGCCGGAACCCAGCUUCAGUCUGACAAGUGCGCCAAGAACCCCAACGUCACCACCGUCGCCAACCCCGAAUGUAUCGGCGCCUACCUGCUCACCCACAUGACCGCCGAGUCCUCUGGCUACUUUGAGAACACCUGGUGGUGGGUCGCCGACCACGAGCUGGAUCUCCCCGACCGCAAGGCCCAGAUCAACAUUUACAACGGCCGUGGUGUUCUCUGCGAGGCCACCAAGGGCACCUGGUUCUGGGGUACUGCCUCCGAGCACAGCGUUCUCUACAACUACCAGUUCAACAACGCUUCUAACGUCUACAUGGCGCACAUCCAGACCGAGACUGCCUACUUCCAGGGCAACCCCGACGCCAAGACGCCCUUCAACGUCAACAACGCCAUCUCCGACCCCAACUUUGAGACCUCCUGCACCGGCCAAAGCGACAAGUGCGCGCGUACCUGGGGCGUCCGCGCCGUCAACUCCAAGGACAUUCUCAUCUACGGUGCCGGCCUCUACAGCUUCUUCAACAACUACGACCAGGUCUGCGUUGGCGAGAACAACUGCCAGGAUCACAUGGUCUCUCUUGAGAACUCGGAUGUCAAGUUCUUCGGUCUCAGCACCAAGGCGUCCAUCAACAUGGUCACCGUCAACGGCAAGGGCGCCGCGCUCGACAGCGACAACCGCAACAACUUUUGCGCCACGGUUGCGAUGUUCCAGGCUCCCCUCUAG